AUGUUCUUCAGAGCUGCCCGGAGGUUGGUGCUGAAGAAGCGAGGACUUGGGACUCGAGGGACACACAACGCGGGAGACGCUGCCCACAGCAAGGGGAAGGCGGCCCCCUACACCAAUUACCACGCCCAGCGCUCCUACCCCAUGCCGGACGAGCCCUUCUGCACAGAGCUCACCGCCGAGCAGCGGGCCCUGAAGGAGAAGGAGAAGGGCAGCUGGACCCAGCUGAGCCACGCCGAGAAGGUGGCCUUGUACCGGCUGCAGUUCCACGAGACCUUCGCCGAGAUGAAUCGCCGCUCCAACGAGUGGAAGACAGUGGUGGGCUGUGUCUUCUUCUUCUGCGGGUUCACGGCUCUGCUCAUUUGGUGGCAGCGGGUCUAUGUGUUCCCGGAGAAGCCCAUCACCCUGACGGACGAGUGGAAGGCCAAGCAGCUCCAGCGCAUCCUGGAUAUGAAGGGCAACCCCGUGCAAGGCCUGGCCUCCCGCUGGGACUAUGAGAAGAAGGAGUGGAAGAAGUGA